AUGGAUCGCACUGCCCGCAGCGAAGAUGAGGUGAACGCAGACGCGGAGCCCAAAGGUUGCGAAAAUGAAGAACCAGGCUCGUAUGGUUUAGGAUAUCGUCAUAUACAAGCAUUGCUGAUGUUUAUAUGUCUUACCUUCGAGUUCAUUAUGAGUGCUCAUGCGGGAGUCACGAUUGUCGCGAUGUCAAGACCUCAAAAUACUACUGACGAAAUAGUAACUUCACAGUUAACUUCACAGUUAAAUAGGAAAUUUGAAAAGAAUGAAACGCAUGAUGUCGUUAGAUAUUCGGAUAUAUAUCAACUCAAAUCAAUACUCGAGAUUAUUCUUGGAUCGUUUUUCCUUGGAACCGCUGUCAUGAUGUUUCCUAUCAGUCUCUUGGGACAGCGAUUUGGUGGAAAGGUUCUGCUUCAAAUAUCACUGGCUGUAAAUGCAGUCACAUCGACUGUGGCACCUUGGUUAAUUGCAUGGGGUGGUUGGAUAUCAUUUGCCGUACUUCGUUUCUUGCAAGGCGGUGUUCAAGCUGGACUUUACCCCGGAAUCCAAUUUUUAGUUACGCAAUGGUUUCCUGUUAGCGAACGUAACUCUCUCAGCAGCUUCAUUUAUGCAGGUUCAGGUAUUGGAUGCAUGUUAGCGUUCCUCUUAGCUGGUGUUCUGGCGGACAGUAAAUUAGGAUAUCCGAAACUCAAAGUUCCAUGGAAAAAAAUAUUUACUUCGAUUCCUUUGUGGGCGACUGUCAUAGCACAUGUUGGAAAUUCUGUUGCAUUUCUGUUCUUCUUUAUACAAGUUCCAUCGUACAUGGUUGGCGUGUUGAAUUUCAACAUAAUGAAUAGUGGUAUUCUGACAGCACUACCGUACUUGGGUUCAUGUAUCGCGGCGUUAGCAUUCGGUAAUCUGUCCGAUUAUUUAACUAAUAGACAAGUCAUCAGCAUGAAAAUGGCGAGAAUAAUAUUUAAUUCUAUCGCGAUAUGUCUAAUAAUAGUGACUUACACACACAGUAGCAUUUUAGCUGUUGUCUGUUUUGUCAUAUUUUCGACAACGAAUUCUGGACACCAUUUUGGUUGGAUGGGAAAUUAUAUGGACUUAUCACCAAACUAUUGUGGAUCCCUGAUGUCGAUCGGAAACAUAAUAUCCAACCUCUUAGGCAUCGUCUUACCCAUAAUAACUUCCUUUGUUGUAACUGACAUGACAAAUCGGUACCAGUGGCGCAUCUUACUAUUACUGAUGGCUGGUUGCACUUUUCUUAGUAAUGUCAUCUUCGUAAUAUUUAUGUCAGCUGAUAUUCAACCGUGGAAUAAAGGAGAUGAAGAGGAAGAAGAGGAAGUAUAA